CAUGUUUUAUUGGUCUGCACUAUGGCCAUUUUAUCGUCCAAUGCAAGGAGCACAAACAAAGGAUUAUAAACUUCAUCGUCCCAGCAGUCAUACUUUUGGCUCUUGGCUAUGUCUUGCAUCUGCUUGGGAUUAAGAUGAACAAGCCGCUCUACAGCUUCAGCUACAUGUGCUUCACUGCCGGUGCCGCUGGAGCCGUUUUUUGCUUACUUUACAUCCUCGUCGACGUUUAUGACAUCCGGUAUCCAACUUUGCUGCUGGAAUGGAUGGGAAUGAACUCGCUGAUCAUCUACACGCUUGCAGCAACCGAUGUUCUCGUGGUUUUCGUCCAAGGAUUCUACUGGAAGCAGCCGCAAAAAAAUCUGGUGACAUUUACGCGAGAGCACGUAUUUUUCGCGAUGAUUCCAUCGCAAAGAUGGGCCAUGCUUGUGUACGUUUUGUUUGGCAUCUGUUGCUGGUGCGUGAUCGCUGGAGCUCUCAAAGCCAAGGGAAUAUUCUGGAAGUUUUAAGAGUUU